UGCGGCGUGGAAACAGCACUUCCAAGGCUGGUUGUGGACAGAGUACUCUGCGGUUUCUUCUUUUUUCAUUCCUGUGCUCGUACCGCUACUACAUCUAUUGAACCUAUUACAGCCACAUAAUCUUACUUACUCAGAACGUCCUGCUCUCUCUUCCACACCUUAAUCGCCCCCAGUGUUGCCUAACAGCUACUACCCUGUCAUCAAAGAGCUGUCUUACGACUCAUACCGCCACGAGAAGUGCGUCUGCUGCUCUCAGGGACUCUGAGCUUCUCCUCUCACCGUAGAACCUUCAGACGGUUCUGCGGUGGAUAUGGCUUGGCGCCCAGGGAAGACCGCUCCAAGACUUCUCGAAGACCUCCUUACCUACGAUCCUCGCAACGAAGCCGUCAUCGGACGCAACACCUUGACCGAUGCCCCGCCAGUCUUUGACCCCGAGAAGAGCAGCUCGCAUACGCGGUACAAUGGAUGCCGUCAUGCUUUCAUGGAGAAGACGGAGCAGAGCAAGCUUCCAGAUGCAGGUCGUCCUCUAGAGAAGUCGGAGAAGUAUAAGAUCGCCACAUACUGCAACCAGUGCCGUUUUCACUUCGACGUGACGGUGGACUAUAGUGGACAACUGUACCACGGUUCCCCAUGUCCCAAUAAUGAAUUUCCGUUACACCAUUUCACACAUGUUCCCAGCAAGGAGAAUGACAAGGCGGGACCAUCUCUUUCUCCGCAGGACUCCACCUAUCACUUCCGAUGCACAGCGAAGGAUUGUCCCGUGGAAGUGUACGUUCGCUCACGGCCUCCAAUGUUCAAGACCUCGUGGGUGGACCUCCUCACCAAUGUCGACGGCCUUCGCGCCCGUCUAGCUGCUGCCAAAUCUGUCGACCCUAAUAGAGCGCUGGAUAUAAACCUGGCAUUACCAUGGGACGGUAUGCAAUACUUGCGAAAAUACAUCGUUGAUUCCUUGUCUCCAGAGGUCAAACACAAGAUGAUCCCAGCGCGGAACGUAAAGUUUAUGGCUGCGUUUGGGUCUGACUGUGACCACGUGCUAUUGGAACUUGGGUUCGUACGGGUGGAAGCAGAGGACAGCAAUGAGCUCAAGUGGCGGCUUCCGCAAUGCGAAAGCUCAAUUGGCCCAUUCCAGGCAGAUUCACACCGCUCAAAACUGCUCGAUAUACUUGCGGAGCUGGAUUCACUAUUACUCAAGCGUGCAAGCUCGGAGAUCAAGCAGAUGAAAUUUGCUCCACCAGAGCCUAGGCCAUGCUUGAAAGACCUCGAACGAGCACUUGGAUGUCUCGACUAUCCCAAAGAUCCGGCCUCAAGGCAUAUUGCGAACAAAGACAUUCCAGAGCACCCGUUCUAUGGAAGCUUGGGUGUCUUGAGCGACUUCUCAGAUCAGUUGGUGAUAUUCGCGUACAAAAGGCAAAUCGAGAGCGAUCCUUCAAACACCGCUUACUAUUUCGAAUGUAUUGAGGAUCUCGCCAAGGGUAGGAAUAGCGAAACGCUUGCGACCGAAGUGCAAAUAUUAGCCUCUCAAGGUCAGGUCAAUCGUAAACAGGUCCGUCAGGCAUACAAGUACUUCAAUAUCGAUCCGGACAUGUCACAAACAUCCGACACUUUUAUCAUCAACCAGUACAGAGCUCGACUUGCAGACGUGUCGAGCAAUCAAGAGCGAGACAUGAGGGAGAUGCUCCGCAUCUUGGGUAGCGCUCGACAAAGCAACGAGAUAUUACACGAGGCGUCGAACUCGCUGGAGACGUAUGCACAAGCUUUGAGCUGGCUAGAUGUUCAAGACAACAUAGCCGACGAGUUCAUCGUCACCAUGGCUACCAUCAAAUUAGAAGAUUCUGGGUCACAAGAGAACGCGCGCAAGGCCGUGCGAAUAAUCGCAGAACACCGCAACAGCGACGCGCUGAGGAUCUGGCUGGAGACAGGUCAACUGGGUCACACGGAGAUGGAUCUUGCGGAAGCAUAUCGCAUUCUUGAUAUAUCGGAUCGGACACAAGAGAUUGAUCAGGGCAGUCUCUCGGUGCUCUUCGAAGUGCGAAUGACCGACUCAUCACACCCGCCAGCAAAGUUGCAAGAGGCGUAUGCACUGAUUAGCAAAAGCAAAUUCGGGAUGAACGAAGAAACAAGUCAGCAUCCUCCGGGGAAUUGGCCCGUCGGGUUUCAGAACAUUGGAAAUACCUGCUACUUGAACAGUCUCCUCCAAUACUUCUUCACGAUCCGGCCUUUGAGAGAGCUUGUCUUGAAUUUUGACAAGUAUAAGCUCGAGCUCACUGCUGAAAAUAUCACCAAGAAGCGCGUAGGCGGGCGUGAGGUUUCAGUCGUCGAGCUCGAGAAGGCUCAAGAGUUCGUUCAGGAAUUGAAGAAACUGUUCACAGGCAUGAUCACCUCCACGGAGUCGAGUGUGCGUCCCGAGGUACGACUUGCUUGUCUUGCACUACUAUCCACGGGAGACGAAGCUUUGCAACGUAGACAUUCCAUCAACAAUCGAGGUGCAGGCCUGGGUGAGACAAAUGGAACACCAUUCAUUGGACCCAUGCCCAUGCCGACGACCAAUGGUGCCUCUUCACCUCCCCAGACGGAGACGGGAGAUAAUAAAAGUGACAGCACACUAGUCGGAGACGGUUCAACCCCAGCAUCUAGUACCGAGGAGACUGAUGACGCCUUGAAAGCCAAAGACAUUCAAUCGACCGAUUUAGAUGCCGGAGUUACUGAAAUGGAUGUAUCUGACGCUGAUAAACCUGUGACCAACGGGGCCAUGCCCGCUGAACCGAAUCGUCCUCCUCCCGUUCCUCCAAGGCCAAAGGCAGCAGAUACUGCGAGCACUAAUGUACCGGCUGAUGUAGAGUGGGCUGCCAGACAACAGGAUGUGGCUGAAGUGAUGAACAAAGUUCUGUUCCAGCUUCAGUGCGCCAUCAGGCCGGAGGUUAUGUCUGACGGUCAAGUGAGUGACCUCACAAGGCGGCUCUUCUUUGGGGAAACCACGACAACGCGCACACGCAACAACAAGAUUGAGCGUAAAAAGGAGACGUGGGACACGCUGUUUGUUAAUGUCAAUGAAGGACCUCGCGAUAUCUACAAGGCGUUGGACGAAGAGUUCGAUAAGGGAGAUAUUGAGGAGAUUAAGCAGGAUGCUGACCAUGGUAUAUUGUCAAAAUAUGAGAACAUUAGCGUUCUGCCACCCGUGGUGCAAGUCAACGUCAAACGUGUCAACUACGACACGAAGAAGCGCGAAACUUUCAAGAGCCACAACCAUCUCCACCUUGAGGAUACACUGUUCUUGGAUCGCUAUCUCGAGCAAACAGCGUCAGUAUCAGCCGAGGAGCUUUACAGUCGUAGAGUGAAGAGUUGGGAGUGGAAGAAGCGGCUAAGAGUGCUGCAGAGCAGACUGCAGGAGCUGAAGGGCGAUGCAGACUCUGGUGAACUUGCGGAUACGAUCGAGGUAACGGCGGAGUAUUUAUCCGGGCAAGAAGAGGAAGAUGAAGAGGAGAGCUCGCAAAUGGCAGUGGACGGCGAGAGUGAACGCGCCAAGCUUGUAGCGGCGCUACGAAAGCGGGCGACUGAGCUAAGACAUGAGCGGGAUGCUAUUGGGGAUGAGAUAGUGGAGUUGCAGGACAAGAUCGAGGGGCUGUUCUCAGACCUUCAGGACCAUCCUUAUAAACUGCAUGCAAUCUUUAUGCAUCGGGGCUCGGCGGGCGGGGGCCACUACUGGGUCUACAUCCGGGACUUCCAAAACAACAUGUGGCGCAAGUACAACGACACCAAGGUCGACGAAGUGACGAACCUACAGGAGAUAUUCGGCGAAGACAAGACGAAGCCGCCGGCGACGUCUACGGGCGUGGUAUAUGUGCAAGAGGGGUUGAGCGGGAAGCUGACGGAGGCAGUGUGUCGACAGAUGGCCGGGGAGCAGGAAGACGUGGAGAUGGUGGAUGUGAUUGCGGGCGCAGGUGCAGAUACGGAUGCCGAUGCGGAGGUGAUUGAAGGCGUGGAGCCAUGAUAGUCGAGGUUCUCGGCAUUACAUACAUCAUAUAUACACUUGGAAGACUUUAUGCAUAGCGCUGGGCAGUGUUGGUUGGGCAUUAGCGAAGAGAUGGGCUUUGUAGGGUUGUUGGGCGAUUGAGAUGUGGUGGUUAGUGUAGUAGUUAGUAUAGAGAUACCCCAAGGGCAGGCAUGAAGAAGAUGACUAUC